GCUGUCUACUACCUCUAUCCUCUUUUCUAAACCUUCCGAUAUCGUAAAAAUGGCCCCCGUACUCAACGCCGCUGCCACCCUGGCCCUCGCCGGGUCGUGCUCCGCCUUCGUGGCGCCGAGCGCGUUCAAGGGCGCCGCCGUGACCUCCAAGGCCUCGGCAUCCUCCACCAAGCUGUCGAUGGCGGUCGACACCGGAAUCAACGGCUUUGGCCGCAUCGGCCGCCUCGUGGCGCGCUCCAUGGUGAAGAACCCGGAGACCAACCUCAAGCUGAUCAACACCGGCGCUGCCCCGGAGUACAUGGCGUACCAGUUCAAGUACGACACCGUGCACGGAAAGUACGACGGCACCGUGGAGGUUGACGGCAUGGACCUCAUCCUCGACGGCCAGCGCGUGCCCACCUCGCACACCCGCAACCCGGAGGAGAUCCCCUUCACCUCCACCGGCGCGGAGUACGUCUGCGAGUCCACUGGCGCCUUCCUCACCGAGGAGAAGGUGCAGCCCCACCUCAAGGCCGGCGCCAAGAAGAUCGUCUUCUCCGCGCCCGCCAAGGACGACUCGCACACCAUCGUGAUGGGCGUGAACGCCGAGACGUACGACCCCAGCAUGGACCUCGUGUCGUGCGCGUCGUGCACCACCAACGGGCUCGCCCCCACCGUCAAGGUGAUCAACGACAACUUCGGCAUCAAGGAGGCCCUCAUGACCACCGUGCACGCCAUGACCGCCACCCAGAUGGUCGUGGACGGCACCUCCAAGAAGGACUGGCGCGGGGGCCGCACCGCGUCGGCCAACAUCAUCCCCUCGUCGACCGGAGCCGCCAAGGCCGUGACCAAGGUGAUCCCGUCGCUCCAGGGCAAGCUCACCGGCAUGGCCUUCCGCGUGCCCACCCCCAACGUCUCCGUCGUUGACCUGACCUGCACCCUCGACAAGGCCACCUCGUACGAGGAGAUCUGCGCCGCCAUCAAGGAGGCGUCCGAAUCCGGCCCGAUGAAGGGCGUCAUCGGCUACACCGAGGAGCCGCUCGUGUCGACCGACUUCAUCUCCGACUCGCGCUCGUCGAUCUUCGACGCGGGAGCAGGAAUCAUGCUCAACCCCAACUUCGUGAAGUGCGUGGCGUGGUACGACAACGAGUGGGGCUACUCCCAGAGGGUGAUGGACCUCAUGGUCCACAUGGCGACGGUCGACGCCAAGGCCGGCGUCAAGGCUUAAGUCGAUUUCCGAAACUUUCACUAGCUCUUUCGUGUUUUAUAGUUUUGGGGGUCACAGCAGUCUUGUGGUGUGUGGGAGGCAAGAGAGCGCGAUGGUUGCUGCGAAGUCGUGUUUGUUUGAAAGUCGCGCACGGCAGGUUUCAACUAGAAUUGUUUCUUGGCGUUGGUGAACCAGCACCAUCACGAACCCAAGUCGAAAUGGUCAGCCAAAGCCUUUCGCAACGCGUGGGGGCAUUUCCUUGACCGCGAAGGAGCAGCAUACGGUUUUAUAGGUUUUAUAGAAACGAGUCAAUGCCGGCACGGCAUUCUUGGUUUCGAUUUUGGCUUGCGUCUCUGCGUGUUUUCUGCUUGGUUGGUUGAUAACCCUUCGGUGCCAGGGAGGGUGCUCGUCCGUUACUCUGGUUUUGUGUGGUUGUCGGCACAUGCCACGAUGUCUUGGAAUUUUGAGUUGUUGAGAAAUGAGCAGUGCCCUGUGGGCGCGCGCUGGCUACGCCUCGCGUUGAUUCCUACCUGCACACAACUGAUGUCGGUCAUAGAGAAGACAGUAUCAUCAAAUAGAGAUAAAUCGAGGAUAUUGGACACACACAACACCAGCCUUUCCAGGAAUUUUUCACGGGCCCGCAGUGUACAAGUCGGACCCGUUCACUGCCCUGUAGUAUGCAUACGUGCGAGAGCGUAACCCAGGCCUACCCACUGCACACCGGCCAAGCUCCUUGGUGUGUGGAAUAGGGUUUAUUAUUUGGCCUAGCGCCGUGUUGUAAGACUUUCGAAACCUGCUAUGCGUAUAGAGAAAUAGAGUCGUUUUGUGACG